AAGCUUGUAGCAUUAGGUGUCCCCAAUAUGGCCACCUCAUUUAAUGAUUCUUGCAAAGCCAUAGAUCUUCAGAAUCUCCCACGCUUAAACAUGUAUCCAUCCCCUCCUCUCAUUCAGUUUUACAUUUUCACAAGGACAAGAGGGAGUUUUCAUUUUCUUCCUUGACCUGUCAAGCCCUCUCUCUCUCUCUCUCUUGGUAGAACAGUAUAAUAGUACAAUACAUAUCUUUUUAUAUAUAUUAUUUAUGUAGAAGCCAAGGGCUGCAUGCAAAACCCAUGCUUUUGUUCAUUUGUUCAUAGAAAAAAAAAAAAAAAAAAAAGGGGGAAAAACACUUGCAGGUUUUACAAUUAGGGUUUCGAUCAGAGAGAGAGGAGGUUUUGAGCUGGGGUUCGGAUGGAAUGGGCUAUAGGUUAUUGGGUUUUGGUGGGAAUUCUUGUAGGAUGGUAUUUGUAUAAGAUCAAGAAGAAAAACAGAGAGGAAAAUAAGCUUGGAGUUCCAAAAGGAAAUUUAGGUUGGCCUUUUGUAGGAGAAACCCUCGACUUUAUUGCUUGCGGCUACACCUCUAAACCUGUCAGCUUCAUGGAAAAACGCAGAUCUCAGUAUGGGAAGGUAUUCAAAACACAUUUACUUGGAACCCCUAUCAUAGUUUCCACAGAUGCGGACGUGAACAAAGUUGUAUUACAGAACCAUGGAAACAUCUUUAUUCCUGCUUAUCCAAAAUCCAUCCGAGAAUUGCUUGGUAAAUAUUCUAUUCUCCAAAUAAAUGGAAACCUUCAAAAGAGAUUGCAUGCACUUCUCGGUGGUUUUCUCAGAUCUCCACAGUUCAAAGCCCGAAUCACCAGAGACGUUGAGAACUCUGUCAAACUCUGUUUGUUUCCUUGGAAAGACAUGCACCUUGUACGCGUUCAAGAUGAAACCCGAAAGAUAACCUUUGAAGUUUUGGUUAAAGUUUUAAUGAGCGUUUGUCCUGGUGAAGAUUUGAACUGUCUCAAAAGAGACUUUGGAGAAUUCAUCAAAGGCUUAAUCUGCUUACCCAUCAAGCUUCCUGGAACAAGAUUGUAUAAAUCUCUCAAGGCUAAGGAAAGGAUGUUAAGGAUAGUAAGAAGGAUAGUUGAGGAAAGAAAAUUGGCAAUGGAAAAUUCACAAGAAGACGGUACACCAAAGGAUGCAGUGGACGUGCUAUUACAGGAUGAUGGUGUUGGUGACUACUCAAACGAGACGCAAGGACUAUCGUUGGAUUUCAUCACCGGGAAUAUCAUAGAGAUGAUGAUCCCAGGAGAAGAAACCGUGCCGAUGGCGAUGACACUGGCUGUCAAAUACCUCAGUGACUGCCCUGUCGCUCUACAGGAAUUAAGGGAAGAGAACAUGGAAUUGAAGCAGAAGAUUGACGAUGCCUGUGGUAAUUAUUCAUGGAUUGACUAUAUGUCCUUGCCGUUUACUCAAAAUGUGAUAAGUGAGACUCUUAGAAUGGCAAAUAUUAUCAAUGCUGUUUGGAGAAAAGCUCUUAAAGACGUAGAAAUCAAAGGAUUUUUGAUACCAAAAGGGUGGUGUAUAUUAGCUUCUUUUACAUCAAUUCACAUGGACGAAGAGAAUUAUGAAAACCCAUAUGAAUUUGAUCCAUGGAGAUGGAAUUGUAAAACAGGAAUUGCAUCAGCUAAUAACAAUAAUAGCAUUUUUACACCCUUUGGUGGCGGCCAAAGGCUGUGUCCUGGUUUGGAUCUAUCCAGACUUGAACUAUCAAUCUUCCUUCAUCAUCUUGUAACCACUUACCGGUGGGUAGCUGAGAAAGAUGAGAUUGUUCAUUUUCCAACUGUCAAGAUGAAGAAGAAGCUCCCAAUUACAGUCACAUCAAUUAGUAAUUCAAAAGGUUCAAUUUGAUCACCACAACCACCAUUUGGGAUUUGGUCCAUCAUGGAAAUCAUCCACUAUGAUUUGGAGAAGUUCUAAGGACAGAGAAAAAUAUGGGUUUUUUUUUUUCAUUAUAUUUAUCUUCUGUAUAUAAACUAUAUAUUUAUACACAUAUACCCACAAUAUACAUACAUAAUGUGUUAGUUCUGAUGUCACUAUCUUUAUGAAUGGUACAGAAUUAAGAGUGGGGUCCAUAAUAAGUCCUUAAAAAAUUGAAUGCAAGUGGGGAAGAUUGAAAUCUAACUCCAUGUCGAAGUCUCUAUCUAAUAAAUAUUUCUGGUUUUUAUCUGAUAAA